AUGUCAUCAGAGUCUGUUUCAAUAAGCACUUUGAUAUAAAAGAAUACUCAAUAAAAUGUAAAUUCAAUCAUUAUAUAAAGACAUAAUAUAAUUGGGUUGGAGUUUUGGAAUUCUUACAUGAAUAGCAUAAAUAAGUUUAAUAUAAAGAUUGUGAAUGGGCAUUAGAGAAAUCAUAAAUGUAGUAGAAAAUAAAUGAAUUAGAAGGAGUAGUCAAAGGAUAAGAAAGAGUAAUAACAGAUUUAGGAAAAAGAUGUAAAAUGUUAGAAGUAGCAUUACGUUAAGAAAGAUUAAAAUAUUAAUAAAAUGGAUAAGUUCCUGAUUAUUUGAAUCAAUUAUUAAAGGAAAACAUAGAAAAUUAAAGUUAGAUAUAAAAUUAUUAAACAAUUCCAAAAAGAAAAGCUAAACCUUAUAGACCCUUAUUAUAAAAGUAUAAAAAUAUUAGUUAAACUUAAGAAUAAUCUAAGAGGUGGGAUUGUAAUCAAUAUUUUCACCUCCAAGUUCUCCUAAAAUAGAACAUUCAAAUAGACCAUCAGUAAUGUUAACACCAAAUUAAAAUGUGACAUCAAUUGUUUAAAAUUCAGGUAGACAAAGUCCAACUAAUAUGAAUAGUACAAGUGGAUUUCCAACUCAUAGUAGAAGCAAAUCAUAAAAUAUUAAUGAAGAAUAAUCAUAAAUAGUUUCAAAAGAUCCUGUAUAAUUAUAAAAUACAUUGAGACAUCAUUUAGAUGGUGUAAGAGAUGCAUAUUUUUUUAAUAAUAUGACUAUAUUAGCAACAGUUUCUGAAGAUUGUCAAUUAAAAUUAUGGGAUUAUCAAAAUUAUUAAUAAUAAUAAAAUUAGAUAGAACCAUAUUUGACAUUAAGAGAUCAUACUGGACCUUUAUUUGCAAUAGCAGGAAUAGAAUAAAGAUUAAAAGGAAUGUAGAAUGCAAUAUUUAGUGCUGGAGCAGAAGGAGCAAUAAAAAUGUGGUAUUUUCCAUUGCCAGAUGAAUGUGAUUAAUUAGGAUAGACAGAAGAAUUUUAAUAAUGUAGAAUGACUUGGUAAGCUCAUUAAGAUGCAAUUUGGUAAUUAAAAGUUAAUUAGUAAUAAAAUUUAUUAUUAUCUUCUGCAGCUGAUUCUCUAAUUAAAUUAUGGCCAAUUUAAGAUUCAUAAAUAGAACCUAAAUAACUUUAUUAAUUUGGAUAAAAAAAUUAAUAUGGUCAUUUUAUAGAUUCACCAACUGCUAUAUAAUGGUUAUAACAUAAUCCAAAUCAUUUUGCAUCUGGUUUUAUGAAUUCAGCUAUAUUAUCUAUAUUUGAUAUAGAAAAUGGAAGAAAUAUUUAAAAUAUUAAAUAUUUAUAAGAAAAUAAUGUAUCAGCAUAAAUAAAUUAAUUGACAUAAUUUUAAUAAUAAUGUUUAAUAUCAUCACAUGAUGAUGGAAAAUUAAGAAUUUUUGAUUUACAAUAAUGUAUUAAUAUAUUAAUAUUUUAGCUAAACUAAUAUAAUAAAUAAUUUGUGGAAAUGAACCAAUUACUUCAGCUAUUACAAAUCUUAGUAAUACUAUUAUAUAUAUUGCAACUGGAAAUGUUAUUAAGUAAGAAUAUAAAUUUAAUUAUAAUAAGAGUUUGGGAUACAAGAAGAUAAUAAUUUAUAUAAGAACUUUAAGGACAUCAAUCUAAAUAUGAUGAAAAUAUUCAUAAUCUAGUUCAUCAUAGUAGUUAUAAUUUAUUCGCAUCUUUAGGUGCAGAUGGAUAAAUCAAAUUAUUUUCAUCUAAAUGA